UGUGGAGUGCAGCAAGAAGAAGAAUAACAGAGGAAGAAAACACAAAAUAAAGUCAUACGAAUAAAAAUACAGAGAAUUCACUGCCAAAAAUAUGUCUGCACCGCUGGAGAACCUGGAGACGCAGCUGGAGAUGUUCAUCGAGAAUGUGCGUCAGAUUCGCAUAAUCGUCAGCGACUUCCAGCCGCAGGGCCAGAACGUACUCAACCAGAAAAUCAACAGCCUGGUCACCGGCCUGCAGGAGAUCGACAAGCUGCGCAACCAGGUGCAGGAUGUGUACGUGCCCUUCGAGGUGUUCUUCGACUACAUCGACCAGGACAAGAAUCCCCAGCUCUACACGAAGGACUGCGUGGAGAAGGCACUGGCCAAGAACGAGGAGGUCAAGGGCAAGAUCGAGAGCCUCAAGAAGUUCAAGUCGAACCUGCUGCUGGAGCUGUACAAGACGUUUCCCAACGAAAUGAACAGCUAUCGUGCCUACAGAAAGGACUCCAUGUGACUCCACCUCCCCCACCCCCAAAACCGUGUAGUGUUGUAAGCCCAUAAUUUAUCCAAUAAAUUUUAUAUAUG